CAGAACCAACACGAUUCAGUCCUCUGGAUAUCAGGGUGAAGUGAGUACGGCCGCUGUGUGUACAUUAGGACUCGAUCUUCCCCGUCCCCGCGACUCUAGGAAAGCAAUAAAUUCGAUUAUCUAAUGUUUAUAUAAACACUGCAAGUAUUGGAUGACUGCUAAGUACUCUACAAGGAGUUGAGUAAUUGAUCACAGCAGACGUGCCACAGGUGUGUGAACGGGAACAAGAUUUUGUUUGUCUGCGGUAAUUGUGAAACAUCAUGCCACCCCUCGUACCGAUACAGCUGGUGUCUAGAGCGGUGCAGCAGGUGUGGAGGACGCCACAGCAACUCUCUGCGACUCGAGGACUACUUGAAAUCAUCAGGUCGUCUUCCUCGGCGGCCAAGCCAGCAGCCACAUCUCCAAGUCAGCAGCCGGGCGGGGAAAUCACCUCCACACCCAUACCUGAAAUUACAGAUGCGUUCCCACACCUGCAGACGCACGACAGUAUACAUCAGUUCUCAUUGGAGCAGCCGGAGGAGUUCUGGGGUCGGCUCGCACGCUCGCGUCUGGAAUGGCAGAAGGACUUCCAGGUGGUCACUGAACAUGACAUGGUCAAUUCGGUCUUCAAGUGGUUCCCAGAUGGUCAGCUUAAUGUCUCAGUAAACUGUGUUGACCGUCACGCCCGCUGCCACCCGGAUCGGGUCGCCCUCUUGUGGGAGAAAGAUGAACCAGGCCAGGAGGAGCGAGUCACCUACAGAGAGCUUCAGGAGCUGAUGUGCCGGAUGGGAAACGUGUUGCUAGACUGCGGGGUGAAGCAGGGAGAUCGCGUGGCCCUGUAUCUCCCGGUGUCGCCCAUGGCCGUGGCCGCCAUGCUGGCCUGCGCCAGGAUAGGUGCUGUACACUCCGUCGUCUUCGCUGGCUUCUCCGCCGAAGCUCUCGCCUCCAGGAUCCAGGACGCUGGGGCGGAGACGGUGAUCACGAUGGACCAGGCGGUGCGCGGCGGGAAACUGAUCGAGCUGAAGCAGGUGGUGGAUGCCGCAGUAGCCAAGUGUCCCUCCGUCAGGCAGGUGCUGGUGGGCAGGCGCACCGGCUCCCAGAUCAAGAUGGGACCCAAAGACAUCUGCUUAGAACAGGCCCUGAGCCAUGCCUCCCCGGUGUGCCCCCCGGCCGUACAGAACGCGGAGGACCUAUUGUUCCUGCUCUACACCUCCGGCAGCACGGGUUCCCCAAAGGGCGUAGCGCACACGACCGCCGGCUACCUCCUCUACGCCGCCACUACUCACAAGCAUGUGUUCGACUACCGGGAUGGCGACGUCUUCGGCUGCGUGGCGGAUAUCGGCUGGAUCACGGGACACUCCUACGUGGUGUAUGGUCCCCUUGCUAAUGGCGCCACCAGCCUCCUCUACGAGAGCACGCCCACCUACCCUGAUCCAGGUAGGUACUGGGAGACGGUGGCUCGACUUGGCCUCACGCACUUCUACUGCGCCCCGACUGCGCUCCGCCUCCUACUGCGCUACGGCGACGAGUGGGUACUGAACCACGACCGCUCCACCCUCAGGGUUCUUGGGUGUGUGGGCGAGCCCCUGAACAACGAGGCCUGGCACUGGUUCCACGGCGUGGUGGGCGGCAAGCGCUGCGAUCUCACGGACACCUGGUGGCAGACUGAGACUGGAGGGGUGAUGAUCAGCCCACGGCCGUCUGCCCCUGGUGCCCCAAUCAACGCCGGGAUGCCCAUGCGGCCUAUGUUUGGGGUACAGCCGGUGCUGUGCAGCGCUUCAGGGCAGGUGGUGGAGGGUCGAGACGUAGAUGGAGCUCUGUGUAUAGGGUCCAUCUGGCCAGGCAUUUCUCGCACCGUCUACGGCGACCACAAGCGUUACGUUGACACCUACUUCGCCCCCUUCCCCGGAUACUACUUCAGCGGCGACGGCGCCCACAGGGACGAGGAAGGUUUCUACCACAUAACUGGUCGCAUGGACGAUGUCAUCAACGUGACGGGACACCGCUUGGGCACCGCUGAGGUUGAGGACGCCAUGACAGCACAUACGGACGUGUCGGAGACGGCGGUGGUUGGCUUCCCUCAUCCCGUGAAAGGCGAGGCUGUGUUUGCCUUCAUCGUCCUCAAGGAGGAGCUGGAGUCAACCCAGGAGAAUAUUAUUUCAGAAUUAAAGAAGCUUGUGCGAUCACAGAUUGCUGGAUAUGCUGUACCUGACGAUAUCCUGGUGUGUCCUGGGCUGCCCAAGACUCGCUCAGGUAAGAUCAUGAGGAGGAUACUGAGACAGGUGGCUGCUGGCAAGUCGGAUGACCUGGGCGACAUCUCCACCCUGGCUGACCCUUCCAUCGUCCAAACCAUCAUUGACAUGUACAACACCCAACACACCCGCUCACAGGUCCAUGGACACGCUCGCGAAUAGAACAUUUUUACGAAUCUUUGUACUUCCAUAAGCAAUUUCAAAUGUUUGUCACUAAAUUUGUCUAGUAACAUACAUGUGGAUGUUGGUUGCUUCUGUGAUUUGUUUUGUUCGUGGAGUGCCACUUUCCCCAGAUAACAUUCCAUGGUGUUUACUUGUUAAUAGGCCAAACCUAUAGAUCUAUCACGAAACUACUGUAUAGGUAUAUCACAAAAAUUGUGUACAUGUAUAAAAAUCAUUUGAAGCCAGAUGUAUUUAGCUGAAAAAAAAAAUCAUCAACUGUAUAGUGUACCUUAAAGAGGAUAACAUUUUCCUUGAAGCUUGUCUAUGACAAAGAAAAUGUAAUGUCGCUGCAGUGUAGGAGACACAAACAUAUUAUAAUACUAAAUUACUAUACAGUAUUAAGACACUGCACUUCCAUAGUGUUUGAAGGAAAGACCUAUUGCACGUGUAAGUGUAAUAUUAAGCUAUAUUUUAGGUUUUAGGAGUUUUAUUCGAAAAUUUGGUUUAAUAUUGACACGACGCAUGUAUUGGGUCGUUCACCUACACUAUAUUUUUCAUAAAAUAUACAAAGGUACAUGUUACAGUGGUUACUUAGUAGAUUUAGUAAUUUUAUAUUGUACAAAGCCACAAGUUACGGACAGCAUUUUGGGCAGAGUCUCGUGUCCGGAGCUGAAUUUCACCAAAUUGUUCUUAUUGGCUAAUGACAUAUUGUCCAAACGUUUCUCUAUCAUUGCACAAAGUCAAACAUGGCGCAAAGUUUUAUUACACAAAAUUAAUAUAUGUCACCACUACUUAUAUAACACUAAUAAGUACAAGCGUUUCUUAUUAGUGUUCUCAGGAAGUGUUACAGCCAGCGUCGAAUAUAUAUAUAGCUUACUGUAUAUAUUCGAUACAUAUAGCUAUAUAGCUUCGAUGUAUAUAGCUUAUUGUACUCAUCUGAAUGAGCUUAUAUGCGUGUGCUUGCAAGGUGAGCUUCAGCUUCUUUCUGUACUUAUCUCUGCUUUCGAAUGCAGUUCGCCUAUUACAAUGGCUUCUGCCUAUUUCAAGAUCCAAAUAGAUAAAAUCUCGAGAGCAAAUGGGGGAACCAUUGACAAGCUGCAGGCUCCCUGUUCCCGUCCAGACCACUAGAGAUAUCGUGGCCUUUUGGUAAAUAAAUUAUCAACCCCUUGGAGCUAUAUAAAGAAUUUGCCUCGACUAACUUCCCUUUUCAGUUCAUUCCACUUGUUUCCCUAUCUUAGACUGAAAAAUAAAGAAUGCCUUCUCACAUCCCUAAAUGUAUAUGGGUCGUUGUUGUUGUUAAAGAUUCGCUACCUGAAACAAAAAGUUUCAAGUAGCACGGGCUAUGGUGAGCCCGCUUGAAUAUGGGUCAUUUGGGUUCCACCCGGUGGUUACUUUUGUUUUAAAGUUUAUUCAGGACUAAAUGAUUAUUUGCAGGUUGGUCAGUAGCCAAAUUGUAGCACGAAUAAAUUGUUCAGUUGAUAGAUCUGAAUGCAGACGAGGAGUUAUAAUAACGUGGCUGAAAUAUGUUGACCAAACCAUACACUAGAAAGUAAAGGGACGACGACGUUUCGGUCGUCCUGGACCAUUCUCAAGUCGAUUGAGAAUGGUUCAGGACGGACCGAAACGUCGUCGUCCCUUCACUUUCUAGUGUGUGGGUUGGUCAACAUAGAUCUGAAGCCCAACACAUAACUAUACUUGUUGUGAGUUACACAACUUACCAAGUGGCUUGUAGGGUGUCCACACGGAACUCCAUGUUUUUUAAGUGAUGUCAAUUUUAACGAUGUCUGCAAGAUACUAUCACUAUGUCAGGUAUGUUGCGUCCUGGGGCAGAGUGCUUCCGCUUAAUUUACAUAACCUCCGAAAUAUGACCGCGAGUCAAGGCUUGAAAUAUGCAGGAAUGGAAUUACUAGGCUUCAAAUGUCGUAGCUAUCCUUUCACUGUGGUUCUUAAGCUCUUCGUUUUAAAAAUGUGUGCCCUAGGAGCAUACGGGUUUAUAAAUCUUAUAAACGAUUUUAUAAAUCUUGUAAACAAUUUAUAAAUCAUAUAUUUUUGAAACGAUUUUUAUGAUUUACGAAAUAAUAUGAUAAUUUGCAGUUAGUAUUAUUUGGUGACAGCUUAAAAUAACAAAUUUUACAUUCAAAAACAGAUGUUGAGGCUUUUAGUAGUGGUUUGAGGCAUUUUGGCAUUCAAAAUGCGCAAUAAUAUGUAGCCAUAGCUCUCUGAUGGCCUAGAGACGUACGCAUGCAGUAUUCACUUGUUAACAUUAUUACCAACACUAUUAGAAACAUAAACAUCAACUAGUUAAUAGCGUAUUUAACAAACAUAAGUACAAACACUAGCGCUACAGUGUCCAGCAGACAGUCGUAGAAUAGAUUUUUAGAAUGAUCCAUUUUUGUCCUUUUAUCAAUGUUCCUUUGAGUCGUGUGUCCACUGAAUACUUACUUCCUUAUUGUUCACGCACCUCAGUUCCCCCACUGUGGGCACCUCACAGGAGGUCCCCCACUGUGGGCACCUCACAGGAGGCGCGCGCCAUUUCCCACACAGGUAGUUGGGCGAAAUUCGAAAUUUUGAGUUCGAAAAAUAAAACAAAUACCGUUUUCGUUAGCUGUAAAUAUUAUUUGGCUUCUUAUGAUGUACUAUAAUAUUUAAUAUAAAUCAAAACAGAUAUUU